AUGUUCCUGCAGCACGUGGAGCUCAGCAGAGACAAGGUGUUUCCGAUGCACCCCACCAGUAUUAAUGGAGUAGAGGACAUGUCUACUCUGGCAGAGCUACACGAAGCUGCCAUCAUGCACAACCUCUACCUCCGCUACCAGAAGGACUGCAUCUAUGUAAGACACUGUUAUAGACUAACCCUACCAGACAGAUAUCAUCUAUAUAAGACACUGUUAUAGACUAACCCUACCAGACAGAUAUCAUCUAUAUAAGACACUGUUAUAGACUAACCCUACCAGAGAGAUAUCAUCUAUAUAAGACACUGUUAUAGACUAACCCUACCAGACAGAUAUCAUCUAUAUAAGACUCUGUUAUAGACUAACCCUACCAGACAGAUAUCAUCUAUAUAAGACACUGUUAUAGACUAACCCUACCAGACAGAUAUCAUCUAUAUAAGACACUGUUAUAGACUAACCCUACCAGACAGAUAUCAUCUAUAUAAGACUCUGUUAUAGACUAACCCUACCAGACAUAUAUCAUCUAUAUAAGACACUGUUAUAGACUAACCCUACCAGACAGAUAUCAUCUAUAUAAGACACUGUUAUAGACUAACCCUACCAGACAGAUAUCAUCUAUAUAAGACUCUGUUAUAGACUAACCCUACCAGACAGAUAUCAUCUAUAUAAGACACUGUUAUAGACUAGACUAACCCUACCAGACAGAUAUCAUCUAUAUAAGACUCUGUUAUAGACUAACCCUACCAGACAGAUAUCAUCUAUAUAAGACUCUGUUAUAGACUAACCCUACCAGACAGAUAUCAUCUAUGUAAGACACUGUUAUAGACUAACCCUACCAGACAGAUAUCAUCUAUAUAAGACUCUGUUAUAGACUAACCCUACCAGACAGAUAUCAUCUAUAUAAGACUGUUAUAGACUAACCCUACCAGACAGAUAUCAUCUAUAUAAGACUAUGUUAUAGACUAACCCUACCAGACAGAUAUCAUCUAUGUAAGACUAUGUUAUAGACUAACCCUACCAGGCAGAUAUAAUCUAUAUAAGACUGUUAUAGACUAACCCUACCAGACAGAUAUCAUCUAUAUAAGACUGUUAUAGACUAACCCUACCAGACAGAUAUCAUCUAUAUAAGACUGUUAUAGACUAACCCUACCAGACAGAUAUCAUCUAUAUAAGACUCUGUUAUAGACUAACCCUACCAGACAGAUAUCAUCUAUAUAAGACUCUGUUAUAGACUAACCCUACCAGACAGAUAUCAUCUAUAUAAGACUGUUAUAGACUAACCCUACCAGACAGAUAUCAUCUAUAUAAGACACUGUUAUAGACUAACCCUACCAGACAUAUAUCAUCUAUAUAAGACUCUGUUAUAGACUAACCCUACCAGACAGAUAUCAUCUAUAUAAGACACUGUUAUAGACUAACCCUACCAGACAGAUAUCAUCUAUAUAAUAUUCUGUUAUAGACUAACCCUACCAGACAGAUAUCAUCUAUAUAAGACUCUGUUAUAGACUAACCCUACCAGACAGAUAUCAUCUAUAUAAGACUGUUAUAGACUAACCCUACCAGACAGAUAUCAUCUAUAUAAGACUCUGUUAUAGACUAACCCUACCAGACAGAUAUCAUCUAUAUAAGACACUGUUAUAGACUAGACUAACCCUACCAGACAGAUAUCAUCUAUAUAAGACUCUGUUAUAGACUAGACUAACCCUACCAGACAGAUAUCAUCUAUAUAAGACACUGUUAUAGACUAACCCUACCAGACAGAUAUCAUCUAUAUAAGACACUGUUAUAGACUAACCCUACCAGACAGAUAUCAUCUAUAUAAGACUCUGUUAUAGACUAACCCUACCAGACAGAUAUCAUCUAUAUAAGACUCUGUUAUAGACUAGACUAACCCUACCAGACAGAUAUCAUCUAUAUAAGACACUGUUAUAGACUAACCCUACCAGACAGAUAUCAUCUAUAUAAGACACUGUUAUAGACUAACCCUACCAGACAGAUAUCAUCUAUAUAAGACUCUGUUAUAGACUAACCCUACCAGACAGAUAUCAUCUAUAUAAGACACUGUUAUAGACUAACCCUACCAGACAGAUAUCAUCUAUAUAAGACACUGUUAUAGACUAACCCUACCAGACAGAUAUCAUCUAUAUAAGACUCUGUUAUAGACUAGACUAACCCUACCAGACAGAUAUCAUCUAUAUAAGACUCUGUUAUAGACUAACCCUACCAGACAGAUAUCAUCUAUGUAAGACUCUGUUAUAGACUAACCCUACCAGACAGAUAUCAUCUAUAUAAGACACUGUUAUAGACUAACCCUACCAGACAGAUAUCAUCUUUAUAAGACUCUGUUAUAGACUAACCCUACCAGACAGAUAUCAUCUAUAUAAGACUCUGUUAUAGACUAACCCUACCAGACAGAUAUCAUCUAUAUAAGACACUGUUAUAGACUAACCCUACCAGACAGAUAUCAUCUAUAUAAUACUCUGUUAUAGACUAACCCUACCAGACAGAUAUCAUCUAUGUAAGACACUGUUAUAGACUAACCCUACCAGACAGAUAUCAUCUAUAUAAGACUCUGUUAUAGACUAACCCUACCAGACAGAUAUCAUCUAUAUAAGACUCUGUUAUAGACUAGACUAACCCUACCAGACAGAUAUCAUCUAUAUAAGACUCUGUUAUAGACUAACCCUACCAGACAGAUAUCAUCUAUAUAAGACUCUGUUAUAGACUAACCCUACCGGACAGAUAUCAUCUAUAUAAGACACUGUUAUAGACUAACCCUACCAGACAGAUAUCAUCUAUAUAAGACUCUGUUAUAGACUAACCCUACCAGACAGAUAUCAUCUAUAUAAGACUCUGUUAUAGACUAACCCUACCAGACAGAUAUCAUCUAUAUAAGACUCUGUUAUAGACUAACCCUACCAGACAGAUAUCAUCUAUAUAAGACACUGUUAUAGACUAACCCUACCAGACAGAUAUCAUCUAUAUAAGACUCUGUUAUAGACUAGACUAACCCUACCAGACAGAUAUCAUCUAUAUAAUACACUGUUAUAGACUAACCCUACCAGACAGAUAUCAUCUAUAUAAGACUCUGUUAUAGACUAACCCUACCAGACAGAUAUCAUCUAUAUAAGACUCUGUUAUAGACUAACCCUACCAGACAGAUAUCAUCUAUAUAAGACACUGUUAUAGACUAGACUAACCCUACCAGACAGAUAUCAUCUAUAUAAGACUCUGUUAUAGACUAACCCUACCAGACAGAUAUCAUCUAUAUAAGACACUGUUAUAGACUAACCCUACCAGACAGAUAUCAUCUAUAUAAGACUCUGUUAUAGACUAACCCUACCAGACAGAUAUCAUCUAUAUAAGACUCUGUUAUAGACUAACCCUACCAGACAGAUAUCAUCUAUAUAAGACUCUGUUAUAGACUAACCCUACCAGACAGAUAUCAUCUAUAUAAGACACUGUUAUAGACUAACCCUACCAGACAGAUAUCAUCUAUAUAAGACACUGUUAUAGACUAACACUACCAGACAGAUAUCAUCUAUAUAAGACUCUGUUAUAGACUAGACUAACCCUACCAGACAGAUAUCAUCUAUAUAAGACACUGUUAUAGACUAACCCUACCAGACAGAUAUCAUCUAUAUAAGACUCUGUUAUAGACUAACCCUACCAGACAGAUAUCAUCUAUAUAAGACUCUGUUAUAGACUAACCCUACCAGACAGAUAUCAUCUAUAUAAGACACUGUUAUAGACUAACCCUACCAGACAGAUAUCAUCUAUAUAAGACUCUGUUAUAGACUAGACUAACCCUACCAGACAGAUAUCAUCUAUAUAAGACACUGUUAUAGACUAACCCUACCAGACAGAUAUCAUCUAUAUAAGACACUGUUAUAGACUAACCCUACCAGACAGAUAUCAUCUAUAUAAGACUCUGUUAUAGACUAACCCUACCAGACAGAUAUCAUCUAUAUAAGACACUGUUAUAGACUAACCCUACCAGACAGAUAUCAUCUAUAUAAGACUCUGUUAUAGACUAACCCUACCAGACAGAUAUCAUCUAUAUAAGACUCUGUUAUAGACUAACCCUACCAGACAGAUAUCAUCUAUAUAAGACACUGUUAUAGACUAACCCUACCAGACAGAUAUCAUCUAUAUAAGACACUGUUAUAGACUAACCCUACCAGACAGAUAUCAUCUAUAUAAGACUCUGUUAUAGACUAACCCUACCAGACAGAUAUCAUCUAUAUAAGACUCUGUUAUAGACUAACCCUACCAGACAGAAUCAUCUAUAUAAGGACUCUGGUUAUUAGACUUAGACUAACCCUACCAGACAGAUAUCAUCUAUAUAAGACUCUGUUAUAGACUAACCCUACCAGGACAGAUAUCAUCUAUAUAAGACUCUGUUAUAGACUAACCCUACCAGACAGAUAUCAUCUAUAUAAGACUCUGUUAUAGACUAACCCUACCAGACAGAUAUCAUCUAUAUAAGACUCUGUUAUAGACUAGACUAACCCUACCAGGCAGAUAUCAUCUAUAUAAGACUCUGUUAUAGACUAACCCUACCAGACAGAUAUCAUCUAUAUAAGACUCUGUUAUAGACUAACCCUACCAGACAGAUAUCAUCUAUAUAAGACUCUGUUAUAGACUAGACUAACCCUACCAGACAGAUAUCAUCUAUAUAAGACUCUGUUAUAGACUAACCCUACCAGACAGAUAUCAUCUAUAUAAGACUCUGUUAUAGACUAACCCUACCAGACAGAUAUCAUCUAUAUAAGACUAUGUUAUAGACUAACCCUACCAGACAGAUAUCAUCUAUAUAAGACUCUGUUAUAGACUAGACUAACCCCUACCAGACAGAUAUCAUCUAUAUAAGACACUGUUAUAGACUAACCCCUACCAGACAGAUAUCAUCUAUAUAAUACUCUGUUAUUAGACUAACCCUACCAGACAGAUAUCAUCUAUAUAAGACACUGUUAUAGACUAACCCUACCAGACAGAUAUCAUCUAUAUAAGACACUGUUAUAGACUAACCCUACCAGACAGAUUCAUCUAUAUAAGACUCUGUUAUAGACUAACCCUACCAGACAGAUAUCAUCUAUAUAAGACUCUGUUAUAGACUAACCCUACCAGACAGAAUCAUCUAUAUAAGACUCUGUUAUAGACUAACCCUACCAGACAGAUAUCAUCUAUGUAAGACACUGUUAUAGACAACCCUACCAGACAGAUAUCAUCUAUAUAAGACUCUGUUAUAGACUAACCCUACCAGACAGAUAUCAUCUAUAUAAGACACUGUUAUAGACUAACCCUACCAGACAGAUAUCAUCUAUAUAAGACUCUGUUAUAGACUAACCCUACCAGACAGAUAUCAUCUAUAUAAGACUCUGUUAUAGACUAACCCUACCAGACAGAUAUCAUCUAUAUAAGACUCUGUUAUAGACUAACCCUACCAGACAGAUAUCAUCUAUAUAAGACUCUGUUAUAGACUAGACUAACCCUACCAGACAGAUAUCAUCUAUAUAAGACACUGUUAUAGACUAGACUAACCCUACCAGACAGAUAUCAUCUAUAUAAGACACUGUUAUAGACUAACCCUACCAGACAGAUAUCAUCUAUAUAAGACUCUGUUAUAGACUAACCCUACCAGACAGAUAUCAUCUAUAUAAGACACUGUAUAGACUAACCCUACCAGACAGAUAUCAUCUAUAUAAGACUCUGUUAUAGACUAACCCUACCAGACAGAUAUCAUCUAUAUAAGACUCUGUUUAUAGACUAGACUAACCCUACCAGACAGAUAUCAUCUAUAUAAGACACUGUUAUAGACUAGACUAACCCUACCAGACAGAUAUCAUCUAUAUAAGACACUGUUAUAGACUAACCCUACCAGACAGAUAUCAUCUAUAUAAGACUCUGUUAUAGACUAACCCUACCAGACAGAUAUCAUCUAUAUAAGACACUGUUAUAGACUAACCCUACCAGACAGAUAUCAUCUAUAUAAGACUCUGUUAUAGACUAACCCUACCAGACAGAUAUCAUCUAUAUAAGACUCUGUUAUAGACUAACCCUACCAGACAGAUAUCAUCUAUAUAAGACUCUGUUAUAGACUAACCCUACCAGACAGAUAUCAUCUAUAUAAGACUCUGUUAUAGACUAGACUAACCCCUACCAGACAGAUAUCAUCUAUAUAAGACACUGUUAUAGACUAGACUAACCCUACCAGACAGAUAUCAUCUAUAUAAGACACUGUUAUAGACUAACCCUACCAGACAGAUAUCAUCUAUAUAAGACUCUGUUAUAGACUAACCCUACCAGACAGAUAUCAUCUAUAUAAGACACUGUUAUAGACUAACCCUACCAGACAGAUAUCAUCUAUAUAAGACACUGUUAUAGACUAACCCUACCAGACAGAUAUCAUCUAUAUAAGACACUGUUAUAGACUAGACUAACCCUACCAGACAGAUAUCAUCUAUAUAAGACUCUGUUAUAGACUAACCCUACCAGACAGAUAUCAUCUAUGUAAGACACUGUUAUAGACUAACCCUACCAGACAGAUAUCAUCUAUAUAAGACACUGUUAUAGACUAACCCUACCAGACAGAUAUCAUCUAUAUAAGACACUGUUAUAGACUAACCCUACCAGACAGAUAUCAUCUAUAUAAGACUCUGUUAUAGACUAACCCUACCAGACAGAUAUCAUCUAUGUAAGACACUGUUAUAGACUAACCCUACCAGACAGAUAUCAUCUAUAUAAGACACUGUUAUAGACUAACCCUACCAGACAGAUAUCAUCUAUAUAAGACUCUGUUAUAGACUAACCCUACCAGACAGAUAUCAUCUAUAUAAGACUCUGUUAUAGACUAACCCUACCAGACAGAAUCAUCUAUAUACGACUCUGUUAUAGACUAACCCUACCAGACAGAUAUCAUCUAUAUAAGACACUGUUAUAGACUAGACUAACCCUACCAGACAGAUAUCAUCUAUAUAAGACACUGUUAUAGACUAGACUAACCCUACCAGACAGAUAUCAUCUAUAUAAAACACUGUUAUAGACUAACCCUACCAGACAGAUAUCAUCUAUAUAAGACUCUGUUAUAGACUAACCCUACCAGACAGAUAUAAUCUAUAUAAGACUCUGUUAUAGACUAACCCUACCAGACAUUAUCAUCUAUAUAAGACUAUGUUAUCGACUAACCCUACCAGACCAGAUAUCAUCUAUAUAAGACUCUGUUAUAGGACUAACCCUACCAGACAGAUAUCAUCUAUAUAAGACUCUGUAUAGACUAACCCUACCAGACAGAUAUCAUCUAUAUAAGACACUGUUAUAGACUAACCCUACCAGACAGAUAUCAUCUAUAUAAGACUUGUUAUAGACUAACCCUACCAGACAGAUAUCAUCUAUAUAAGACACUGUUAUAGACUAACCCUACCAGACAGAUAUCAUCUAUAUAAGACUUGUUAUAGACUAACCCUACCAGACAGAUAUCAUCUAUAUAAGACUCUGUUAUAGACUAACCCUACCAGACAGAUAUCAUCUAUAUAAGACUCUGUUAUAGACUAACCCUACCAGACAGAUAUCAUCUAUAUAAGACUCUGUUAUAGACUAACCCUACCAGACAGAUAUCAUCUAUAUAAGACACUGUUAUAGACUAACCCUACCAGACAGAUAUCAUCUAUAUAAGACUCUGUUAUAGACUAACCCUACCAGACAGAUAUCAUCUAUGUAAGACACUGUUAUAGACUAACCCUACCAGACAGAUAUCAUCUAUAUAAGACUCUGUUAUAGACUAACCCUACCAGACAGAUAUCAUCUAUAUAAGACUCUGUUAUAGACUAACCCUAUCAGACAGAUAUCAUCUACAGUGGGGAAAAAAAGUAUUUAGUCCGCCACCAAUUGUGCAAGUUCUCCCACUUAAAAAGAUGAGAGAGGCCUGUAAUUUUCAUCAUAGGUACACGUCAACUAUGACAGACAAAUUGAGAAAAGAAAUUCCAGAAAAUCACAUUGUAGGAUUUUUUAUGAAUUUAUUUGCAAAUUAUGGUGGAAAAUAAGUAUUUGGUCACCUACAAACAAGCAAGAUUUCUGGCUCUCACAGACCUGUAACUUCUUCUUUAAGAGGCUCCUCUGUCCUCCACUCGUUACCUGUAUUAAUGGCACCUGUUUGAACUUGUUAUCAGUAUAAAAGACACCUGUCCACAACCUCAAACAGUCACACUCCAAACUCCACUAUGGCCAAGACCAAAGAGCUGUCAAAGGACACCAGAAACAAAAUUAUAGACCUGCACCAGGCUGGGAAGACUGAAUCUGCAAUAGGUAAGCAGCUUGGUUUGAAGAAAUCAACUGUGGGAGCAAUUAUUAGGAAAUGGAAGACAUACAAGACCACUGAUAAUCUCCCUCGAUCUGGGGCUCCACGCAAGAUCUCACCCCGUGGGGUCAAAAUGAUCACAAGAACGGUGAGCAAAAAUCCCAGAACCACACGGUGGGACCUAGUGAAUGACCUGCAGAGAGCUGGGACCAAAGUAACAAAGCCUACCAUCAGUAACACACUACGCCGCCAGGGACUCAAAUCCUGCAGUGGCAGACGUGUCCCCCUGCUUAAGCCAGUACAUGUCCAGGCCCGUCUGAAGUUUGCUAGAGUGCAUUUGGAUGAUCCAGAAGAGGAUUGGGAGAAUGUCAUAUGGUCAGAUGAAACCAAAAUUGAACUUUUUGGUAAAAACUCAACUUGUCGUGUUUGGAGGACAAAGAAUGCUGAGUUGCAUCCAAAGAACACCAUACCUACUGUGAAGCAUGGGGGUGGAAACAUCAUGCUUUGGGGCUGUUUUCUGCAAAGGGACCAGGACGACUGAUCCAUGUAAAGGAAAGAAUGAAUGGGGCCAUGUAUCGUGAGAUUUUGAGUGAAAACCUCCUUCCAUCAGCAAGGGCAUUGAAGAUGAAACGUGACUGGGUCUUUCAGCAUGACAAUGAUCCCAAACACACCGCCCGGGCAACGAAGGAGUGGAUUCGUAAGAAGCAUUUCAAGGUCCUGGAGUGGCCUAGCCAGUCUCCAGAUCUCAACCCCAUAGAAAAUCUUUGGAGGGAGUUGAAAGUCCGUGUUGCCCAGCGACAGCCCCAAAACAUCACUGCUCUAGAGGAGAUCUGCAUGGAGGAAUGGGCCAAAAUACCAGCAACAGUGUGUGAAAACCUUGUGAAGACUUACAGAAAACGUUUGACCUGUGUCAUUGCCAACAAAGGGUAUAUAACAAAGUAUUGAGAAACUUUUGUUAUUGACCAAAUACUUAUUUUCCACCAUAAUUUGGAAAUAAAUUCAUGAAAAAUCCUACAAUGUGAUUUUCUGGAAUUGUUUUUCUCAUUUUGUCUGUCAUAGUUGACGUGUACCUAUGAUGAAAAUUACAGGCCUCUCUCAUCUUUUUAAGUGGGAGAACUUGCACAAUUGGUGGCUGACUAAAUACUUUUUUUCCUCACUGUAUAUAAGACUCUGUUAUAGACUAGACUAACCCUACCAGACAGAUAUCAUCUAUAUAAGACACUGUUAUAGACUAGACUAACCCUACCAGACAGAUAUCAUCUAUAUAAGACACUGUUAUAGACUAACCCUACCAGACAGAUAUCAUCUAUAUAAGACACUGUUAUAGACUAACCCUACCAGACAGAUAUCAUCUAUAUAAGACACUGUUAUAGACUAACCCUACCAGACAGAUAUCAUCUAUAUAAGACUCUGUUAUAGACUAACCCUACCAGACAGAUAUCAUCUAUAUAACGACUCUGUUAUAGACUAGACUAACCCUACCAGACAGAUAUCAUCUAUAUAAGACCAUGUUAUAGACUAACCCUACCAGACAGAUAUCAUCUAUAUAAGACUCUGUUAUAGACUAACCCUACCAGACAGAUAUCAUCUAUAUAAGACACUGUUAUAGACUAACCCUACCCAGACAGAUAUCAUCUAUAUAAGACACUGUUAUAGACUAACCCUACCAGACAGAUAUCAUCUAUAUAAGACUCUGUUAUAGACUAACCCUACCAGACAGAUAUCAUCUAUAUAAGACUAUGUUAUAGACUAACCCUACCAGACAGAUAUCAUCUAUAUAAGACUCUGUUAUAGACUAACCCUACCAGACAGAUAUCAUCUAUAUAAGACACUGUUAUAGACUAACCCUACCAGACAGAUAUCAUCUAUAUAAGACACUGUUAUAGACUAACCCUACCAGACAGAUAUCAUCUAUAUAAGACACUGUUAUAGACUAGCCCUACCAGACAGAUAUCAUCUAUAUAAGACACUGUUAUAGACUAACCCGUGAUUCUCAACCUUCUUUGUCACAUUUUGCUCUCCCCGAAGUACGCCUUUUGGAUAGGCCAGGUACCAGUGAUGUAAGUCUUUUGGAUAGGCCAGGUACCAGUGAUGUAAGUCUUUUGGAUAGGCCAGGUACCAGUGAUGUAAGUCUUUUGGAUAGGCCAGGUACCAGUGAUGUAAGUCUUUUGGAUAGGCCAGGUACCAGUGAUGUAAGUCUUUUGGAUAGGCCAGGUACCAGUGAUGUAAGUCUUUUGGAUAGGCCAGGUACCAGUGAGUAAGUCUUUUGUAAGUUCAGGUACCACGUGUGUAAGUCUUUGGAUAGGCCAGGUACCAGUGAUGUAAGUCUUUUGGAUAGGCCAGGUACCAGUGAUGUAAGUCUUUUGGAAGGCCAGGUACCAGUAUGUUUGGAUGCAGGUCAGUAGUACGUUUUGGAUAGGCCAGGUACCAGUGAUGUAAGUCUGUUGGAUAGGCAGGGUUUCAAGGUCCAGUGAUGUAAGUCUUUUGGAUAGGCCAGGUACCAGUGAUGUAAGUCUUUUGGAUAGGCCAGGUACCAGUGAUGUAAGACACUGUGUAUUCUUUCAAAGAAAUGACAGUCUUGCAGUGUUACUUAACCCAUUCACGUCCUUGAACAUAUAUUAGUAAAUAUUAAUGCGCACAGAACAAUUAGUUUGUGGAUGUAAAUGCAUGAAUGUGGUCUGUUCAUAAUAGUUUGUACAAGGAUGUAGACAGGACCAUUGACAUGUGGUGUCAACAUAGUAGACAAGGAUCUAGACAGGAAAUUGACAUGUGAGUGUCAACAUAGUCUAGACAAGUUCUAGACAAAGGAACAUGAAGUUCAAGGAAUGUUCUUAGAAUAGGAUUAUGCAAACAAAGGGUAUUGCCAUAAGAUGGAUUGAGUAUUCUUGCAUAAGUAGACAGUGGUCUAAGGAAUUGCAGUGACAUCAACAAAAUGAAGAAGAGGGCAAAGGAGAAAGAGAAUCCAAAAGACUGAGACCAAUAAGCAGUCAUUCCAACCUGGUCUCUCGCCGACGCAGACUCGCAUAAAAAAUAUCGCUAAGAGAAAAAAGAAAAUAAUCUUUCCGCUCUUCCUCAUCCUCUCCCUCUCCCCUGUCUAGUCAGAGAAAACAAGAGAAGAGAGAAAGAAGAAAGAGGUAGAGAAAAAAGAAGAGCCUCCUUCCUCUCGCCCCUCUCACUCCCGACUCGCCCCGCUCCUCCUCUCCUCUCUCCCCUCCUCCUCUCCUCUCUCCCCUCCUCCUCUCCUCUCUCCCCUCCUCCUGUCCUCUCUCAGACCAACAUAGGGUCUAUCCUGGCAGCAGUGAACCCCUAUAAGCAGAUCCCAGGUCUGUAUGACCCAGAAGCAGUAGGCCUGUAUAGUAGACACCACCUGGGAGAGCUGCCCCCUCACAUCUUCGCUGUGGCCAACGAGUGUUACCGCUGCCUCUGGAAGAGGCACGACAGCCAGUGUGUUCUCAUCAGGUCAGUUCACCAGGGGCUUGGGGACCCUCAUGGCAUUAACUAGUAACUGGUCAGUUCACCAGGGGGCUUGGGGACCCUCAUGGCAUUAACUAGUAACUGGUCAGUUCACCAAGGGGCUUGGGGACCCUCAUGGCAUUAACUAGUAACUGGUCAGUUCACCAAGGGGCUUGGGGACCCUCAUGGCAUUAACUAGUAACUGGUCAGUUCACCAAGGGGCUUGGGGACCCUCAUGGCAUUAACUAGUAACUACUGUAAUCACAAGAGACUCCAACACACACGAUUAAACAAGUAGUUUAAUACAUGGUACAUAUUGUAAUAUGUAAUUUAUACAUAUUGUCAUAUGUAAUGUACAUUUGUAGUUCAGGAUUUGGGGCCUCAUAUUGAAGAGAUAUGUUAUAUGAUAGCUGACAUACAUCCACAUUUUGUGGAAAUCUAAAAUUGAUUAAAUCGUUUUUUCCCUCAUCAAUCUACAACUAAUACCCCAUAAUGACAAAGCAAAAACAGGUUUUUAUAACUUUUUGCAAAUAAAAUAUAAACAACAAACUGAAAUAUCACAUUUACAUAAGUAUUCAGACCCUUUACUCAGUACUUUGUUGAAGCACCUUUGGCAGCGAUUACAGCCUCGAGUCUCCUUGGGUAUGACGCUACAAGCUUGGCACACCUGUAUUUGGGGAGUUUCUCCCAUUCUUCUCUGCAGAUCCUCUCAAGAUGGAUGGGGAGCGUCGCUGCACAGCUAUUUUCAGGUCUCUCCAGAGAUGUUCGAUCGGGUUCAAGUCCAGGCUCUGGCUAGGCCACUCAAGGACAUUCAGAGACUUGUCCCGAAGCCACUCCUGCGUUGUCUUGGCUGUGUGCUUAGGGUCGUUGUCCUGUUGGAAGGUGAACCUUCACACCAGUCUGAGGUCCUGAGCGCUCUGGAGUAGGUUUUCAUCAAGGAUCUCUCUGUACUUUGCUCCGUUCAUCUUUCCCUCGAUCCUGACUAGUCUCCCAGUCCCUGCCGCUGAAAAACAUCCCCACAGCAUGAUGCUGCCACAACCAUGUGCCUUUUAUUGAGCAGUUGCUUCCGUCUGGCCACUCUACCAUAAAGGCCUGAUUGGGAAGAUUGGCGGCCAGCUCUAGGAAGAGUCUUGGUGGUUCCAAACUUCUUCCAUUUAAGAAUGAUGGAGGCCACUGUGUUCUUGGGGACCUUCAAUGCUGCAGAAAUGUUUUGGUACCCUUCCCCAGAUCUGUGCCUCGACACAAUCCUGUCUCGGAGCUCUACGGACAAUUCCUUUGACCUCAUGGCUUGGUUCUUGCUCUGACAUGCACUGUCAACUGUGGGACCUUGUAUAGACAGGUGUGUGCCUUUCCAAAUCAUGUCCAAUCAAUUGAAUUUACCACAGGUGGACUCCAAUCAAGUUGUAGAAACAUCUCAAGGAUGAUCAAUGGAAACAUGAUGCACCUGAGCUCAAUUUCGAGUCCCAUAGCAAAGGGUCUGAAUACUUAUGUAGAUAAGGUAUUUCUGUUUUGUAUUUGUAAUACAUUUGCUAAAAUUUCUAAAAACCUGUUUUUGCUUUGUCAUUAUGGGGUAUUGUGUGUAGAUUGAUGAGGAACAACUUUUAAUUAAUUAAUUUUAGAAUAAGGCUGUAAUGUAACAAAAUGUGGAAAAAGUCAAGGGAUAUGAAUACUUUCUGAAUGCACUGUAUAUGUGCGUCUAUCUCUAGUGGAGAGUCAGGAGCAGGGCUGACAUAUCUGUGUGUCUAUCUCUAGUGGAGAGUCAGGAGCAGGGCUGACAUAUCUGUGUGUCUAUCUCUAGUGGAGAGUCAGGAGCAUGGCUGACAUAUCUGUGUUUCUAUCUCUAGUGGAGAGUCAGGAGCAGGGCUGACAUAUCUGUGUGUCUAUCUCUAGUGGAGAGUCAGGAGCAGGGCUGACAUAUCUGUGUGUCUUAUCUCUAGUGGAGAGUCAGGAGCAGGGCUGACAUAUCUGUGCGUCUAUCUCUAGUGGAGAGUCAGGAGCAGGGCUGACAUAUCUGUGUGUCUAUCUCUAGUGGAGAGUCAGGAGCAGGGCUGACAUAUCUGUGUGUCUAUCUCUAGUGGAGAGUCAGGAGCAGGGCUGACAUAUCUGUGUGUCUAUCUCUAGUGGAGAGUCAGGAGCAGGGCUGACAUAUCUGUGUGUCUAUCUCUAGUGGAGAGUCAGGAGCAGGGCUGACAUAUCUGUGUGUCUAUCUCUAGUGGAGAGUCAGGAGCAGGGCUGACAUAUCUGUGUGUCUAUCUCUAGUGGAGAGUCAGGAGCAGGGCUGACAUAUCUGUGUGUCUUAUCUCUAGUGGAGAGUCAGGAGCAGGGCUGACAUAUCUGUGUGUCUAUCUCUAGUGGAGAGUCAGGAGCAGGGCUGACAUAUCUGUGUGUCUGUCUCUAGUGGAGAGUCAGGAGCAGGGCUGACAUAUCUGUGUGUCUAUCUCUAGUGGAGAGUCAGGAGCAGGGCUGACAUAUCUGUGUGUCUAUCUCUAGUGGAGAGUCAGGAGCAGGGCUGACAUAUAUGUGUGUCUAUCUCUAGUGGAGAGUCAGGAGCAGGGCUGACAUAUCUGUGUGUCUAUCUCUAGUGGAGAGUCAGGAGCAGGGCUGACAAAUCUGUGUGUCUUAUCUCUAGUGGAGAGUCAGGAGCAGGGCUGACAUAUCUGUGUGUCUAUCUCCAGCGGCGAGUCAGGAGGAGGGCUGACAUAUCUGUGCGUCUAUCUCUAGUGGAGAGUCAGGAGCAGGGCUGACAUAUCUGUGUGUCUAUCUCUAGUGGAGAGUCAGGAGGAGGGCUGACAUAUCUGUGUGUCUAUCUCUAGUGGAGAGUCAGGAGCAGGGCUGACAUAUCUGUGUGUCUAUCUCUAGUGGAGAGUCAGGAGCAGGGCUGACAUAUCUGUGUGUCUUAUCUCUAGUGGAGAGUCAGGAGCAGGGCUGACAUAUCUGUGUGUCUAUCUCUAAUGGAGAGUCAGGAGCAGGGCUGACAUAUAUGUGUGUCUAUCUCUAGUGGAGAGUCAGGAGCAGGGCUGACAUAUCUGUGUGUCUUAUCUCUAGUGGAGAGUCAGGAGCAGGGCUGACAUAUCUGUGUGUCUAUCUCUAGUGGAGAGUCAGGAGCAGGGCUGACAUAUCUGUGUGUCUAUCUCUAGUGGAGAGUCAGGAGCAGGGCUGACAUAUCUGUGUGUCUAUCUCUAGUGGAGAGUCAGGAGCAGGGCUGACAUAUCUGUGUGUCUAUCUCUAGUGGAGAGUCAGGAGCAGGGCUGACAUAUCUGUGUGUCUAUCUCUAGUGGAGAGUCAGGAGCAGGGCUGACAAAUCUGUGUGUCUUAUCUCUAGUGGAGAGUCAGGAGCAGGGCUGACAUAUCUGUGUGUCUUAUCUCUAGUGGAGAGUCAGGAGCAGGGCUGACAUAUCUAUUUGUCUAUCUCUAGUGGAGAGUCAGGAGCAGGGCUGACAUAUCUGUGUGUCUAUCUCUAGUGGAGAGUCAGGAGCAGGGCUGACAUAUCUGUGUGUCUAUCUCUAGUGGAGAGUCAGGAGCAGGGCUGACAUAUCUUUGUGUCUAUCUCUAGUGGAGAGUCAGGAGCAGGGCUGACAUAUCUGUGUGUCUUAUCUCUAGUGGAGAGUCAGGAGCAGGGCUGACAUAUCUGUGUGUCUAUCUCUAGUGGAGAGUCAGGAGCAGGGCUGACAUAUCUGUGUGUCUAUCUCUAGUGGAGAGUCAGGAGCAGGGCUGACAUAUCUGUGUGUCUAUCUCUAGUGGAGAGUCAGGAGCAGGGCUGACAUAUCUGUGUGUCUUAUCUCUAGUGGAGAGUCAGGAGCAGGGCUGACAUAUCUGUGUGUCUAUCUCUAGUGGAGAGUCAGGAGCAGGGCUGACAUAUCUGUGUGUCUAUCUCUAGUGGAGAGUCAGGAGCAGGGCUGACAUAUCUGUGUGUCUAUCUCUAGUGGAGAGUCAGGAGCAGGGCUGACAUAUCUGUGUGUCUAUCUCUAGUGGAGAGUCAGGAGCAGGGCUGACAUAUCUGUGUGUCUAUCUCUAGUGGAGAGUCAGGAGCAGGGCUGACAUAUCUGUGUGUCUAUCUCUAGUGGAGAGUCAGGAGCAGGGCUGACAUAUCUGUGUGUCUAUCUCUAGUGGAGAGUCAGGAGCAGGGCUGACAUAUCUGUGUGUCUUAUCUCCAGCGGCGAAUCAGGAGCAGGGAAGACCGAGAGUACCAAGCUGCUGCUCCAGUUCCUGUCUGUGAUGUCACAGAAGUCUGCCUGGACACCCCUCUCUGAGAGGAGCACCCGCGUGGAGCAGGCCAUCGUACAGAGCAGGUAACCGAUUGAUUGAUUCUACGGACAUCCAGGACCCAUACAGGUCUGUCUGAUGGCCGGUCUGUCUGUCUGAUGGCCGGUCUGUCUGUCUGAUGGCCGGUCUGUCUGAUGGCCGGUCUGUCUCUUGUUACGUUCCCCAGCAAGAAAACCAAAGAUGUCGCUCAAACAGAAGAGGGAACUAACAGGUGGGGUUUUAGAAGGGGUUCAGAAAGACCCCUUAAUGGGGGGGUCCACUGGAGGUCGACUAGCAACAACAACUGGGACCUAAAAGACACCCACCAUGAGACCCACCAUGAGACCCACUAAAUUUGACCAAGAACAGCCAAAUAAAUUAAAAACCCCAAACUGAAAGACAGGAAGUAAACCAACAAGUGGAGCAAAAUGAAAUCAGAUAAAGAAAAGUUUUUCUAGAAAUCAAAAUGGGGAGAGACAACUAAAGGUGUUAACCUUCCACAUCUAUCAAGACAACUGGAGCACUAACCAGCACAGGUGUAAAACCAAAGCCUGUAACACUCUCUCCCUCUCCCUCUUCCUCUCCUCUCUCGCUCUCUCUCGCUCUCUCUCUCUCUCUCUCUCUCUCUCUCUCUCUCUCUCUCUCUCUCUCUCUAGCGUCUGUAUGGAUCUGUCUCUAUCUGCUCUACUAGCUCGAGCUCGAGCUCUCUCGAUCUCUCGAGCGAGCCUCCCGUAGCUUAUCCGCAGUCGGUCAUCCUACUAUCUAUGCUCUCUCUCUCUCUCUCUCUCUCUCUCUCUCUCUCUCUCUUCUCUCUCUCUCUCUCUUCUCCUCUCUCUCUCCCUCUCUCUCUCUAUUUUUCUCUCUCCUCAGCCCCAUCAUGGAGGCGUUUGGGAAUGCCAAGACGGUGUACAACAACAACUCUUCACGCUUUGGGAAGUUCAUCCAGCUCCACUUCUCCCAGAGUGGGAACAUCCAUGGAGGCUGCAUCGUAGACUGUAUCCCUAUAACACUAACUGUGUCUCACACACACAAACACACACACACACAUACCUUUUAACACUAACUUGACCUGACUUACUAGUGGGCUCUUAGCACUGCCGUACUUGUGCUGAUGUAAUGGCCUGCUCUCAGGACCUGUAAUGUCUGAAUGGCUUUAGAGAUGAAAUUAUCUUUCCUGUCUGUGUUUUCCUUAACUUCACACCUUUAGAUUUACUUGAAAAGAACCGUGUAGUGAGACAGAACCCUGGAGAGAGGAACUAUCAUAUCUUCUAUGCUCUGCUGGCCGGGACAGACAAGGACCACAGAGGUGAGACUCUUACACUAGAGGACAGUUACAACACACCAGAGAUGGCACCACAGGUUCAAAAGUGGUGUAGCAAAAUUCGUAUGUCUUUUCUGGGGCCUGGAGUUUUUCCUGAUCUCAUGACCUGGUCGGGUAAAACUCUGGGUCCUAUUUGCAGGCUAUGACAAAAUGUUGUUAUCAUAGAUAGCUUCCCUUUUCAUCAGUGCUAUGACUAUAGGCUGGGGGUUUUCUCGUCGGGUCAUUGAAUUGGAAACACUCCUGGCCUAAGGUGGAUCAAACCCUUUCAAACUACCACAAACCUAUUAUUAUUAUUAUUAUUAUUCAUUCUGAAUCUGAUAUCAAAAGAGCCAGAGACAACAACUUCCAUGGACAACAUACUCUGUAGUUUAGUGAACUACUAUAUCAGGGCUGGACAACAUACUCUGUAGUUUAGUGAACUUUUAUAGCAGGGCUGGACAACAUACUCUGUAGUUUAGUGAACUACUAUAUCAGGGCUGGACAACAUACUCUGUAGUUUAGUGAACUUUUAUAGCAGGGCUGGACAACAUACUAUGUAGUUUAGUGAACUACUAUAGCAGGGCUGGACAACAUACUCUGUAGUUUAGUGAACUACUAUAUCAGGGCUGGACAACAUACUCUGUAGUUUAGUGAACUUUUAUAGCAGGGCUGGACAACAUACUCUGUAGUUUAGUGAACUACUAUAUCAGGGCUGGACAACAUACUCUGUAGUUUAGUGAACUACUAUAGCAGGGCUGGACAACAUACUCUGUAGUUUAGUGAACUACUAUAGCAGGGCUGGACAACAUACUCUGUAGUUUAGUGAACUACUAUAGCAGGGCUGGACAACAUACUCUGUAGUUUAGUGAACUACUAUAGCAGGGCUGGACAACAUACUAUGUAGUUUAGUGAACUACUAUAGCAGGGCUGGACAACAUACUCUGUAGUUUAGUGAACUACUAUAUCAGGGCUGGACAACAUACUCUGUAGUUUAGUGAACUACUAUAGCAGGGCUGGACAACAUACUCUGUAGUUUAGUGAACUACUAUAGCAGGGCUGGACAACAUACUCUGUAGUUUAGUGAAAUACUAUAGCAGGGCUGGACAACAUACUCUGUAGUUUAGUGAACUACUAUAGCAGGGCUGGACAACAUACUCUGUAGUUUAGUGAACUACUAUAGCAGGGCUGGACAACAUACUCUGUAGUUUAGUGAACUACUAUAGCAGGGCUGGACAACAUACUCUGUAGUUUAGUGAACUACUAUAUCAGGGCUGGACAACAUACUCUGUAGUUUAGUGAACUUCUAUAGCAGGGCUGGACAACAUACUCUGUAGUUUAGUGAACUACUAUAGCAGGGCUGGACAACAUACUCUGUAGUUUAGUGAACUACUAUAGCAGGGCUGGACAACAUACUCUGUAGUUUAGUGAACUUCUAUAUCAGGGCUGGACAACAUACUCUGUAGUUUAGUGGACUACUAUAGCAGGGCUGGACAACAUACUCUGUAGUUUAGUGAACUACUAUAUCAGGGCUGGACAACAUACUCUGUAGUUUAGUGAACUACUAUAGCAGGGCUGGACAACAUACUCUGUAGUUUAGUGAACUACUAUAGCAGGGCUGAGUGUUAUGUAAAGAAUGGUUACAAUGUCUUUAAAUAUUCAUUUCACUCUAUACACAAUGUUAAGAAGUGGACUUUGAAAUCAAGUUUGAGUCAAGUUUUAUGUAGAUAAGUAUUUUAAUUUAAUGUCAUAAAACCUAUUAUUUGUUCAUCUGAUUACAUUGCCCUUCUGUAAUUAUUAAUUCUGUCAGCUUUAUGUAAGGCAGGGUUAUAUAUUCACAUAAAGUUUAUAUUAUAUAAAUUCAUAGGAUUCAUACAAUACAUCAUGCUGUAAAUCAUACAUGGUGCGGAUCAUAUAUAUAAAUCUAUUCACAAAACCAUACAGUACCAGUCACAAGUUUGGACACACCUACUCAUUCCAGGGUUUUUCUUUAUUUUUACUAUUUUCUACAUUGUAGAAUAAUAGUGAACUCAUCAAAACUACUCAAUAACACACCUGGAAUCAUGUAUUAACCAAAAAAGUGUUAAACAAAUCAAAAUAUAUUUUAUAUUUGAGAUUCUUCAAAGUAGCCACCCUUUGCCUUGAUGACAGCUUUGCACACUCUUGGCAUUCUCUCAACCAGCGUCAUGAGGUAGUCACCUGGAAUGCAUUUCCAUUAACAGGUGUGCCUUGUUAAAAGUUAAUUUGUGGAAUUAAUGCAUUUGAGCCAAUCAGUUGUGUUUUGACAAGGUAAGGGGGGUAUACAGAAGAUAGCCCUAUUUGGUAAAAGACCAAGUCCAUAUUAUGGCAAGAACAGCUCAAAUAAGCAAAGAGAAACAACAGUCCAUCAUUACUUUAAGACAUGAAGGUCAGUGAAUAUGGAAAAUUCCAAGAACUUUGAAUGUUUCUUCAAGUACAGUCGCAAAAACCAUCAAGGCUCUCAUGAGGACCACCACUGGAAAGGAAGACCCAGAGUUACCUCUGCUGCAGAGCAUAAAUUCAUUAGAGUUAACUGCACCUCAGAUUGCAGCCCAAAUAAAUGCUUCACAAAGUUCAAGUAACAGACACAUCUCAACAUCAACUGUUCAGAGGAGACUGCAUGAAUCAGGCCUUCAUGGUCGAAUUGCUGCAAAGAAACCACUACUAAAGGACACCAAUAUUAAGAAGAGACUUGAUUGGGCCAAGAAACACGAGCAAUGGACAUUAGACCGGUGGAAAUCUGUCCUUUGGUCUGAUGAGUCCAAAUUUGAGAUUUUUGGUUCCAACCGCCGUGUCUUUGUGAGACGCAGAGUAGGUGAACGAAUGAUCUCCACAUGUGUGGUUCCCACCGUGAAGCAUGGAGGAGGAGGUGUGAUGGUGCUUUGCUGGUGACACUGUCUGUGAUUUAUUAAAAAUUCAAGGCACACUUAACCAGCAUGGCUACCACAGCAUUCUGCAGCAAUACACCAUCCCAUCUGGUUUGGGCUUAGUGGGACUAUAAUUUGUUUUUCAACAGGACAAUGACCCAAAACACACCUCCAGGAUGUGUAAGGGCUAUUUGACCAAGAAGGAGAGUGAUGGAGUGCUGCAUCAGAUGACCUGGCCUCCACAAUCCCCCGACCUCAACCCAAUUGAGAUGGUUUGGGAUGAGUUGGACCGAAGAGUGAAAAGCAGCCAACAAGUGCUCAGCAUAUGUGGGAACUCCUUCAAGACUGUUGGAAAAGCAUUCCUCAUGAAGCUGGUUUAGAGAAUGUCAAGAGUGUGCAAAGCUGUCAUCAAGGCAAAGGGUGGCUACUUUGAAUUAUUUUUUAUUUUAUUUGUCAUUUAGCAGACGCUCUUAUCCAGAGCGACUUACAGGAGCAAUUAGGGUUAAGUGCCUUGCUCAAGGGCACAUCGACAGAUUUUUCACCUAGUCGGCUCGGGGAUUAGAACCAGCGACCUUUCGGUUACUGGCACAACGCUCUUAACCACUAAGCUACCUGCCGCCCAAUCUCAAAUAUAACAUAUAUUUUGAUUUGUUUAACACUUUUUUGGUUACUACAUGAUUCCAUAUGUGUUAUUUCCUAGUUUUGAUGUCUUCACUAUUAUUCUACAAUGUAGAAAAUAGUAAAAAUAAAGAAAAACCCUUGAAUGAGUAGGUGUGUCCAAACAUUUGACAGGUACUGUACAUGGUGCGGAUCAUAUACAGUGCCUUCGGAAAGUAUUCAGACCCCUUGACUUUUUCCACAUUUUGUUACGUUACAGCCUUAUUCUGAAAUGGAUUAAAUAAAAAUCGUUAUCAAUUUACACACAAUACCCCAUAAUGACAAAGUGAAAACAGGUUUUAAAAAAUGUUUGCAAAUGUAUUAAAAAUAAUCAACAGAAAUACCUUAUUUACAUAAGUAUUCAGACCCUUUGCUAUGAGACUCGAAAUUGAGCUCAGGUGCAUCCUGUUUCCAUUGAUCAUCCUUGAGAUGUUUCUACAACUUGAUUGGAGUCCACCUGUGGUAAAUUCAAUUGUUUGGACAUGAUUUGGAAAGGCACACACCUGUCUAUAUAAGGUCCCACAUGAUUUGGAAAGGCACACACCUGUCUAUAUAAGGUCCCACAGUUGACAGUGCAUGUCAGAGCAAAAACCAAGCCAAGAGGUCGAAGGAAUUGUCCGUAGAGCUCCGAGACAGGAUUGUGUCGAGGCACAGAUCUGGGGAAGGGUACCAAAACAUUUCUGCAGCAUUGAAGGUCCCCAAGAACACAGUGGCCUCCAUCAUUCUUAAAUGGAAGAAGUUUGGAACCACCAAGACUCUUCCUAGAGCUGGCCGCCCGGCCAAACCGAGCAGUCAGGGGAGAAGGACCUUGGAAAUGUCCACUCGCCCAGCGCUCCAGACCCUAGAACUGAACAUGAGUAAAACCCUUCGCUUGAUACGGUCAUCCGUAAGAAAAGUCGACAUUAGAAUGCAGUUUACUUUAAACCACCUCUGAGCGAAUUUAUCUAAAGAGCUCUAGUAUGCCUAAAUAUUAUUAUUAUUAUUAUUAUUAUUAUUAUUAUUAUUAUUAUUAUAUUAUUAUUAAAGUCGUUUUCCAAUGCUUUGUCACAAUUAUAUCAGUUCUAGCGCGUUAAUAUGUUUUAUGGAAAACGGGAGUCUCCAUAAUGACAAUCUAAAUAGCCUACCUAACUGGUAACAAGUUGUCACAAGGUGCUGCUCUGCCUCCUGGACUCAGCUGCCUCAGCUGCAGCACUCUCUCAACCAGACCCCCUCUGGCCCUCCCCCUCGCCACCAUCCACACACAGACCCCACUGGCCCUCCCCCUCGCCACCAUCCACUCACAGACCCCCUCUGGCCCUCCCCGUCGCCACCAUCCACACAGACCCCCUCUGGCCCUCACCCCCUCGCCACCAUCCACACAGACCCCCUCUGGCCCUCCCCCUCGCCACCAUCCACACAGACCCCCUCUGGCCCUCCCCCUCGCCACCAUCCACACAGACCCCCUCUGGCCCUCCCCCUCGCCACCAUCCACACAGACCCCCCUGGCCCUCCCCCCCUCGCCACCAUCCACACACAGACCCCCUCUGGCCCUCCCCCUCGCACCAUCCACACAGACCCCCCCUGGCCCUCCCCCCUCGCCACCAUCCACACACAGACCCCCUCUGGCCCUCCCCCUCGCCACCAUCCACACACAGACCCCCUCUGGCCCUCCCCCUCGCCACCAUCCACACACAGACCCCCUCUGGCCCUCCCCCUCGCCACCAUCCACUCACAGACCCCCCCUGGCCCUCCCCCUCGCCACCAUCCACACACAGACCCCCUCUGGCCCUCCCCCUCGCCACCAUCCACACAGACCCCCUCUGGCCCUCCCCCUCGCCACCAUCCACACAGACCCCCUCUGGCCCUCCCCCUCGCCACCAUCCACACAGACCCCCCCUGGCCCUCCCCCCUCGCCACCAUCCACACACAGACCCCCUCUGGCCCUCCCCCUCGCCACCAUCCACACAGACCCCCCCCUGGCCCUCCCCCCUCGCCACCAUCCACACACAGACCCCCUCUGGCCCUCCCCCUCGCCACCAUCCACACACAGACCCCCUCUGGCCCUCCCCCUCGCCACCAUCCACACACAGACCCCCUCUGGCCCUCCCCCUCGCCACCAUCCACUCACAGACCCCCCCUGGCCCUCCCCCUCGCCACCAUCCACACACAGACCCCCUCUGGCCCUUCCCCCUCGCCACCAUCCACACACAGACCCCCUCUGGCCCUCCCCCUCGCCACCAUCCACACAGACCCCCUCUGGCCCUCCCCCUCGCCACCAUCCACACACAGACCCCCUCUGGCCCUCACCCCCCUCGCCAUUCACACACUCACUCACUCUCUCACUCACUCAUUCAGUAACAUCCUGCUCACUGCCUGAUAGUCAGCAGCAGCAGGUCACAGUCAAAUAUAUAUUUUUCAGUGGUGUAAAGUACUUAAGUAAAAAUACUUUGAAGUACUACUUAACUCGUUUUUUGGGGUAUCUGUACUUUACUAUUUAUAUUUUUGACAACUUUUACUUUUACUUCACUACAUUCCUGAAGAAAAUGAUGUAUGUUUUACUCCAUACAUUUUCCCUGACACCCAAAAGUACUCGUUACAUUUUGAAUGCUUAGCAGGACAGGAACAUGGUCCAAUUCAUGCACUUAUCAAGAGAACAUCCCUGGUCAUCCCUACUGCCUCUGAUCUGGUGGACUCACUAAACACACAUACUUUGUUUGUAAAUGUGUCUAAGUGUUGGAGUGUACCCCUGGCUGUCCGUACAUUUUAAAAACAAGAAAAUGGUGCCAUCUGGUGCUUGAUAUAAGGAAGUUGAAAUUAUUUAUACUCUUAUUUUUGAUCCUUAAGUAUAUUUUAAACCAAAUACUUUUAUACUUUUACUCAAGUAGUAUUUUACUGGUUGACUUCCACUUUAACUUGAGUCAUUUUCUAUUAAAGUAUCUUUACUUUACUCAAGUAUGAAAAACUGUCGUAUUAAGUACAUUUUCCCUCAAUAUAGUAGUUAUCAGCAGAGUCAGAGAUAGUUAUCAGCAGAGUCAGAGAUAGUUAUAGUAGGAAAGGACGAGUGCAGUUGUUCUUUUUUGGGGAUUUAUUUAAGACUCUUUGAAGAGGUGGGGUUUCAUACGUUUUCUUAACAUGGGCAGGCACUCCACCGUCCUGACGUUAGGGGGAAGCUUGUUCCACCAUUGGGGUGCCAGGACAGAGAAGAGCUUUGACUGGGCUUCGUUUACACAGGCAGUCUGAUUCUGGGCAAAAAUAUCAGAAUUGGGCUACCUGUGAAAACGCAGUCUUUUGUGUCUCUAGAAAAGGUAAAUUUCCUGAAGAGAAUGUGAGCGCUUGCUUCAGCUGUCUAACGUUAUUCUCUCUCUCUCUGUGUUCCAGAGCUGUACUUCCUGUCUGAGGGCCCGGAGUCGUACCGCUACCUGAGUCAGUCUGGCUGUGUGAAGGACAGGGGUCUAGACGACCUGCAGCUCUACGACAGGGUUAUGGUGAGGCUGGCUGGUCUAUAUGUUAUAGUGUUAUAGAGUCAGUCUGGCUGUGUGAAGGACAGGAGUCUAGACGACCUGCAGCUCUACGACAGUGUUAUGGUGAGGCUGACUGGUCUAUAUGUUAUAGUGUUAUAUGUUAUACAGUAGUGCCUUGCAAAGGUAUUCAUCCCCCUUGGCGUUUUUCCUAUUUUGUUGCAUUACAACUUGUAAUCUAAAUGGAUUUUUAUUUGGAUUUCAUAUAAUGGACAUACACAAAAUAGUCCAAAUUGGUGAAGUGAAAUGAAUAAAAUGUGGUGUGUGCAUAUGUAUUCACCCCCUUUGCUAUGAAGCCACUAAAUAAGAUCUGGUGCAACCAAUUACCUUCAGAAGUCACAUAAUUAGUUAAAUACUUGAGCAAGGCACUUAACCCUAAUUGCUCCUGUAAGUCGCUCUGGAUAAGAGCGUCUGCUAAAUGACUAAAAUGUAAAAUGUAAAAUGUAAAUAAAGUCCACAACAAACCUGCCAAGAGAGGGCCGCCCACCAAAACUCACUGUCCAUAGGACCACUUUAAGCCGUACACUCCACAGAGCUGGGCUUUACGGAAGAGUGGCCAAAAAAAACAACAUUGGUGUUCGCCAAAGGCAUGUGGGAGACUCCCCAAACAUAUGGAAGAAGGUACUCUGGUCAGAUGAGACUAAAAUGGAGCUUUUUGGCCAUCAAGGAAAAAGCUAUGUCUGGCGCAAACCCAACACCUCUCAUCACCCCGAGAACACCAUCCCCACAGUGAAGCAUGGUGGUGGCAGCAUCAUGCUGUGGGGAUGUUUUUCAUCGGCAGGGACUGGGAAACUGGUCAGAAUUGAAGGAAUGAUGGAUGGCGCUAAAUAUAGGGAAAUUCUUGAGGGAAACCUGUUUCAGUCUUCCAGAGAUUUGAGACUGGGACGGAGGUUCACCUUCCAGCAGGACAAUGACCCUAAGCAUACUGCUAAAGUAACACUCGAGUGGUUUAAGGGGAAACAUUUAAAUGUCUUGGAAUGGCCUAGUCAAAGCCCAGACCUCAAUCCAAUUGAGAAUCUGUGGUAUGACUUAAAGAUUGCUGUACACCAGCGGAACCCAUCCAACUUGAAGGAGCUGGAGCAGUUUUGCCUUGAAGAAUGGGCAAAAAUCCCAGUGGCUAGAUGUGCCAAGCUUAUAGAGACAUACCCCAAGAGACUUGCAGCUGUAAUUGCUGCAGAAGGUGGCUCUACAUAGUAUUGACUUUGGGGGGGGGGGGGGGGGGGGGGGGUGAAUAGUUAUGCACGCUCAAGUUCUCUGUUUCUUUGUCUUAUUUCUUGUUUGUUUCACAAGAAAAAAUAUUUUGCAUCUUCAAAAGUGGUAGGCAUGUUGUGUAAAUCAAAUGAUACAACCCCCCCCCAGAAAAUCAAUUUUAAUUCCAGGUUGUAAGGCAACAAAAUAGGAAAAAUGCCAAGGGGGGGUGAAUACUUUCGCAAGCCACUGUAUGUCAUAGCUCUAUACGUUAUAGUGUUAUAGAGUCAGUGUGAAGGACAGGAGUCUAGACCACCUGAGCCGAUAUGAUAGUGUUAAGGUGAGACUGACUGGUCUAAUUGGUCGCGUCUACAUGCUGUACCUUACCAUGCUGCCACCAGAGGGCGCCAUAACAAUUAUAAAAACUACAGGCCCAGUACAAGACCUGCAGACCCAGCCUUUAUAUAUACGGUCUAUGAGCAAACAUGUAAACAUUCUGUAUUCAACAGGAGGAGUGUUGAUCUGGGAUCAGGAUCCUCCUGUCCAUGUAGUCUUAUACAUUAUGAUCUAGGAUCAGGAUCCUCCUGUCCAUGUAGUCUUAUACAUUAUGAUCUAGGAUCAGGUCCCCUUCCUGUCCAUGUAGUCUUAUACAUUAUGAUCUAGGAUCAGGUCCCCUUCCUGUCCAUGUAGUCUUAUACAUUAUGAUCUAGGAUCAGGUCCCUUCCUGUCCAUGUAGUCUUAUACAUUAUGAUCUAGGAUCAGGUCCCUUCCUGUCCAUGUAGUCUUAUACAUUAUGAUCUAAAAGGCUAAACUGAUCCUAGUUCAGCACUCCUGCAGCUUGAGGAUGUAUUUGAUCCUGUCUGUGUUCAGUAGGUCUCUCAUCCAGUCUCUGUCUCUGCUGCCACCAGGAGGCUUUAAAGGUGAUGGAGUUCAGCGAGGAGGAGAUACGGGACGUCUUCAAGCUGCUGUCUGCUGUUCUCCUGAUGGGGAACAUAGAGUUCAUGACGGCUGGAGGAGCACAGAUCACCUCUAAAGGAGGUGAGAGGAGAGCCUCUUCUGCGUGUUCUCUGGUUCUGCCAUCCUCCCUGUCACCCCUCUCCUCACCCUCCUCCCUCGCCCUGGCCCUCCCGAGGAAGCUUUGCUUCAGGAAAGGGAGAACACUGAACAAGCAGCAACAUGCGCUAGAAUUCCUUUGUUACCUGGAUCUCAUUUCCAGAGCACCAGGAACAAAUCCACACAUCAUAAUGUGUUAAUACUAAUUGUAAUUAUUUUGCACUAUAGCCUAUUUUAUUGCCUUACUUCCAUAACUUGCUACAUUUGCACACACUGUAUAUAUAUUUUCUGUUGUAUUUUUGACUUUGUUUUGUUUACCCCAUAUGUAACUCUGUGUUGUUGUUUUUAUCGCACUGCUUUGCUUUAUCUUGGCCAGGUCGCAGUUGUAAAUGAGAACUUGUUCUCAACUGGCUUACCUGGUUAAAUAAAGGUGAAAUAAAUAAAAUAAAAAAUCUAGUAACAGCGUGUAACAGCGUGUAACAGCGUGUGGCAUUAAUACCAGGAAUAAGAAGAAACCUCAACACCUUAUUUCACACAGCUAUCAGCUCCUCCACGUUACUUAAUGAUUCUGACCAAACCAGUCGACUGUGUUAGUCCAGUAAAACUGUUUUAUCUACUGUCCCUCUCUAUUGGUCAGUAACAUCUGUCCCUCUCUCUCUAUUGGUCAGUAACAUCUGUCCCUCUCUCUCUAUUGGUCAGUAACAUCUGUCCCUCUCUCUCUAUUGGUCAGUAACAUCUGUCCCUCUCUCUAUUGGUCAGUAACAUCUGUCCCUCUCUCUAUUGGUCAGUAACAUCUGUCCCUCUCUCUCUAUUGGUCAGUAACAUCUGUCCCUCUCUCUCUAUUGGUCAGUAACAUCUGUCCCUCUCUCUCUAUUGGUCAGUAACAUCUGUCCCCUCUCUCUAUUGGUCAGUAACAUCUGUCCCUCUCUCUAUUGGUCAGUAACAUCUGUCCCUCUCUCUAUUGGUCAGUAACAUCUGUCCCUCUCUCUCUAGUGGUCAGUAACAUCUGUCCCUCUCUCUAUUGGUCAGUAACAUCUGUCCCUCUCUCUCUAGUGGUCAGUAACAUCUGUCCCUCUCUCUAUUGGUCAGUAACAUCUGUCCCUCUCUCUAUUGGUCAGUAACAUCUGUCCCUCUCUCUAUUGGUCAGUAACAUCUGUCCCUCUCUCUCUAGUGGUCAGUAACAUCUGUCCCUCUCUCUAUUGGUCAGUAACAUCUGUCCCUCUCUCUAUUGGUCAGUAACAUCUGUCCCUCUCUCUAGUGGUCAGUAACAUCUGUCCCUCUCUCUAUUGGUCAGUAACAUCUGUCCCUCUCUCUCUAUUGGUCAGUAACAUCUGUCUCUCUCUCUAUUGGUCAGUAACAUCUGUCCCUCUCUCUCUAGUGGUCAGUAACAUCUGUCCCUCUCUCUAUGGUCAGUAACAUCUGUCCCUCUCUCUAUUGGUCAGUAACAUCUGUCCCUCUCUCUAGUGGUCAGUAACAUCUGUCCCUCUCUAUUGGUCAGUAACAUCUGUCCCUCUCUCUCUAUUGGUCAGUAACAUCUGUCCCUCUCUCUAUGGUAACAUCUGUCCCUCUCUCUAUUGGUCAGUAACAUCUGUCCCUCUCUCUAUUGGUCAGUAACAUCUGUCCCUCUCUCUAUUGGUCAGUAACAUCUGUCCCUCUCUCUAUUGGUCAGUAACAUCUGUCCCUCUCUCUCUAUUGGUCAGUAACAUCUGUCCCUCUCUCUCUAUUGGUCAGUAACAUCUGUCCCUCUCUCCAGUGGUCAGUAAUGUCAGUAAUCUGUCUCUCUCUCCAGUGGUCAGUAUUGUCAGUAAUCUGUCUCUCUCUCCAGUGGUCAGUAUUGUCAGUAAUCUGUCUCUCUCUCCAGUGGUCAGUAAUGUCAGUAAUCUGUCUCUCUCUCCAGUGGUCAGUAAUGUCAGUAAUCUGUCUCUCUCUCCAGUGGUCAGUAUUGUCAGUAAUCUGUCUCUCUCUCCAGUGGUCAGUAAUGUCAGUGAUCUGCUGGGCCUGGACUCGUUCCAGCUGUCUGAGGUUCUGACCCAGAGGUCCAUGAUCCUGAGAGGAGAGGAGAUCUGUUCACCCCUCACUGUGGAACAGGUAAGAUGCUCCAUGCCACUCACCUUGUCCCCCUGA